AUGGAUAGUGAAUUUGCAAAGCAUGAUUCCAAAGUUUGUUGUCUUGAAUGUUACAAUGAACAUUUUGCACCGAAAUGUAUACAAUGCCUCAAAGCAAUUUCAAAUGGAAAAUUGAUUAGUUACGAUGAAAAAAAUUAUCAUCCAGAUUGUUUUCGAUGUGGUCACUGUAAUAAAAUUAUAAUUGAUAUGGAAUUUCCAACACACAAUUCGAAACCUUAUUGUAUUCAAUGUUAUAAUCAAUAUUUUGCACCUCAAUGUACACAAUGCUUCAAAGCAAUAUCUAUUGGAAAAUCGAUAAUUUACAAUGAAAGAAAUUAUCAUCCAGAUUGUUUUCGUUGUGGUCAAUGUAAUAAAAUAAUAACUGAUUCAAAAUUUAACAUAGAAAAUUCAAAGCCUUGUUGUACUCAAUGUUACAACGAAUAUUUUGCACCACGUUGUGGACAAUGUUUAAAAGUAAUAUCUGUUGGAAGAUCAAUUAUCUUUGAUAAAAAAACAUAUCAUCCAGAUUGUUUUCGUUGUGGUCAAUGUCAUAAAAUAAUGACUGAUUCAAAAUUUCAUGUAGAAAAUUGCAAGCCUUGUUGUAUUCAAUGUUAUAAUGAAUAUUUUAAACCACAAUGUUCAAAGUGUUUAAGACCAAUAAAUGAUAAAUAUACAACAUUUCAAGGAAAAAAUUUUCACAUUGAUUGUUUCGUUUGUGUUAAAUGUCAUCGUAUAAUUAAUAAGGGUGAAAAUUUUUGCAGUGAUCAAUACGGUGUUCUAUGUUCAAUAUGUUCAAUAUGA